AUCAAUCAAUCUAUCUUCUUUUCUCUAAGUUUCUCUUUUCAAUUGCUUCUCUCAUUCAUCAAUGGUAGAUUAGGAAGUUGAAAGUUCACAUGGUAUUAGAGCCACAAUUGUUAUGAGUAAGAUUGCAGAAAUGACAUAUCACCAUUGCUGAAACUCAAGAAGAAUUGAAGUUAUGGUUACUACAGAGGAGACUACAUAGAUUUCGCGAUUGGAUUACACUCAUCCACUGUUCUUACAACCAUCAAACACACCAGGAGUUGUGUUGAUUGGCUUGAAGUUAAUAGGACCAAAAACUUAUAUACUAUGGAGUAGAUCGAUGAGACUAGCAUUGUUGGGAAAGAACAAGUUAGGUCUUGUAGAUGGAAGUUGCACACGGAAUAUGUAUAAAGGAGAUCUGGCAAAGUAGUGGGAUAGGUGCAAUGCACUUGUAUUGUCAUGGAUCAGUGGAGUAGUUGCACCAGAAUUAAUAUCUAGUAUAGUUUUGGCUUCGACUGCAAAGAGAAUAUGGGAUGAAUUUGAAAAGAGAUUUCAAUAGUCAAAUCUUACCAGAAUUUAUCAACUAUGGAGAGAAAUUGCUAUGCAAACACAAGGGACUUUACAAUGGCAAGGUGAUGGAGAUUGAUAGAGAGUCUGAUGGAUUAUAUUGUCUUCAAGAAGAUGAUUCAAUAAAAGGAGAAGCAGUAAUAAAAGACCAGACAGCUGACUCAGUGUUAUGGCACAAUGGACUUGGGCAUCCUUCUAUGGAGGUUCUCAAUAGUAUUACUGACUUGAAUGUGAAAAUGUGUAAAAAAAACACAACAACAUUGUAUAAUAUCUUCUAUGGCUAAGCAACACAGACUCAAAUUUCCACUAAGUAAUUCUGCCACUACUAGUUGUUUCCAAUUAAUUCAUAUUGAUGUUUGGAGACCUUUCAAAGUUCCUACCUAUGAUAGAAACUAUUAUGUUGUGACAAUUGUAGAUGAUUACAACAGAUACACUUGGGUAUGUUUGAUUCAAUCUAAGUGUGAGGCUAUUAUUGUGUUGAAAGAUUUUCUGUUUAGAGUGAAAACUCAAUUUGAUGUGGCUGUUAAAACACUAAGGUCUGAUAAUGGG